GGCGUGUGCGCUAGUUACCAUAGUAACCCGAUGCGCUUGGUGCGGGCACUGACACACCGGCAUCCCCGAGGGUCUCUUUGAGGAGGGCGCUGCCACGCUUAGGGGCCUUCCCAUGGCUUCACAGGAGAGGGUGGACGCCGUGACCAAAGGAAACGGGUUCCGGCGCUGCCGUAAGCAGGUCGCUUACACGCCGGGGACCUGCGAGCUGCUCAGAGUGAUGAUGAAGGAAUCCAAACUGACCAACUUCCAGCAACGACACAUCAUGGAUACCAUGAAAAGAGGAGGCCCUCUGCCUCUGCAGUGCAAUCCCACAUCCAGCCAGAGGAGCUCGCCCUCCAAAAAGCCGGCUACAGCCACCUACCUGCCUCCCAUCCUGGCCACCCACUCCCACCUGCGGCCUGCAAGCAUGUGUCGAGCCAACGGGGCAUACAGCCGUGAGCAAUUCAAGCCUCAGGCCACCAGAGAUCUGGAGAAGGAGAAACGAAGACUCCAAAGUAUCUUUGCCACUGGGAAGGACACAGAGGAACGGAAGAAGGCUCCCCAUGUGCGGCAAGAGGACCCACCUCCUGAGCUGGACCGGUUUGAAGAACAGACCAUGCGCUGCUGCCUGGGCCCCUGUGCACUCCCACUGCCCUGUGCACUGAUGGCCCUUCCCCUCUGUGCAGUGGUGAAGGAAAUCCAGGACAGGAAGGAAUUCUUGGCUGCCAUGGAGGCUCUGGGACAGGGCAAGCAAUACCGAGGAAUCAUCAUGGCUGAAAUCUCCCAGGUAGGAGAGCCCAAGGAAGUGGGGAGCAGUGGAGCCAAAGGGGAGGAGCCCCAGCCAGCAAGGCUAGCCUCUCAGGUGGCAAGCUCCGGCCACGCUGUCCGGCCGUGACAGCAGCUCCUCCUGGUGGCCCUUUGCAGAAACUACGGGAAAUGGAGGACAUUGACCGCCGUAGGAGCGAGAAGCUUAGGAAGGCUCUUGCCACCACUUAAUCCAAGACCAGGGUGGGCCAGCCCAAUGCAACCACCAGAGCAGCACGACCACCAGAGCCCUCCUUCACUUCGCCAAGCGGUGCCAUCCCCAGGUCUGCCCAUCGACGGGAGCCACACCAGACCAUGACAUGGCACUGUCUUGGAGCACAAGACCAGACACUGCCCGGGGAUGCAGAGGCCUCAGUGGUGCCCCUGAGCUAUGUCACAGCCACGGUGUUGAGGCCUUCUGUAGGGGAAAGAGCCCCAGACACACCAGGUUGACACCCAGGCUCACCACUUUGGACAUUUGCCCAAGGGCACCCUCUCUGGCUCUCCCCCUGCCACAGCAGGCCUCCGGGUGCUCUGUGAACACGAUUCUGUCCUAGAUAUCUUAGGAUCUACUUCUUUGGCUUCUUGUAGCCUUGGGCAAAUGUUUAACCACAAUGAUUAAUUGGCCAAUAAAGCACAUUUAACUUGGU